CUUGUACUUCUUGGUGAUGGUUUGAAAAUACAGUUUGCGAUUGGUUUCAAUGAAGACUUGACUGCUGGUGCAUGUAUUCAGUCGAGAAUCAAGAUCUUUGCUAAUUUCAAGAAUCAUCUUCUCGAUGACCAUCCAAGAUGUCCUUUAAUCAACCACCGGCAGAAAAUCGGUUCGAUGAGAGCCUCGAAAAACCAUACGUGUACUUCUACGAGCUGCCAAGCUUGCAAAAAAUAGCAUCGUAUGAAAUAUGUCGAGCAAUAUGGUACAGCAAUUUAUCCGAAUACCAAUCCAUCGAAGGGGAAGAUACCAACGUAAUCCUUUGUCAUUAUAUGAUAGGGUUUCACCUUUUUCGUCAUUACAAGGGGCACAUUAAGCAACUGAUCAAGCAUUUGAAUAUCCCUCCUUCAAUCGAAGAUAUACUCAAAAAUUCAAUGAGCAAGAUUUGCGAUGAGAUUCAAAAUUGGGCAAAAGAUUUCGCCAAUCGCAUAGUACAUCUCGAGGGACACGACGAAAUUCGUUACAUCGAUCCAAAAUGGUCAGUUUGGUCCAUCGGUGGUGAAAUCGAUCACCUUAAAAGCGCAAAAAGGAUUUUACGAAGUGGCAGUUUGACCGAAUGGCAGAAAUUUCUCGUAAUGUGUGAAUACUGCAUGGUGGACGAGAUCACUAAAUUUCCGUUGGAUUCCCUUCCACCGGCAUUCAUUACAGAAGAGAAUUAUUCCGAUAAGCUUGUUUGUUUCUAUUGGAUUUGUUUACUCAAAAAUGAACUACACAGAGUACCACUUCUAUAUGACAAUUCGGUAGACAUCACGUUGGCUAAAUCUUAUCAUCAUCUUCGCUACUCUAGGGAAUUUUUUUGGAAUCGUUUGAGCGAUGAUCAUAAAAUAAACCUUAUUAGUGCCUGGAUUUCUCAAGCGUCUUCGUGUAUUAUAGAUACCAAAGAGUUCGAUGUAUUGGAAAUAUUUAUUUCUAAAAUGUCCCCGUAUCAGCAACAACGUCUGCUGCAUAAAAUGUACCCCACCAUCGUGAGUGUUUUCGCUUCAUGGUCCGAUUCAUCCAGAUGUGCUCUUUGGGCAUGGAGCUAUGGAAAAAAUAAAAUGCACGUGGAACAGUUUGCUACACUGGUUGAUGAAUUGUUGAGAAAUCAGAUGACUGUUGACCAAUUCGAUACUAUGGUUGGUGAAUGGUCGUAUAGAAGAAGAAUAAAUUCGUGGUCGGUGUCUAUAUUGGAUGAAAUUUGGAAGACUGCGUCUGAUCAUCAGAGAAAUCACGUCAUCCAGAACAAAUUGGACGAGUUCAUGCGUAAUUUACUUUUUGAUAAUGGCUCGAAAUACUCUGGCCAAUUUCUUCAGUUCGUAUCCGAAGAUGAAAGAAAAAAAUUGAUUUUUAGAUCAGUAAACCGAAAUGAUUUCCAACAUUGUGAUGUUGAUUUUUUAAGCAGCUUCCUGAAUGAAUAUUUGCCACGGCCGGGUGACCAAUUGACGUUCAGAAAAUUGGUCAUUGAUUCUUCCGCAUUUCUAGAACGUUUAAUGUUCUUAUUGAAAAUUAAAAAUUAUGAAAUGUUCGACGAAACGUUGAAAUUUUACUUUUCUCACGAUGCAGCUGCUGCUAAAAUAUUCAAACGAGAGUUCCUGGAGCAUAAAUUGAAAACUAUGGAUUUCCAUUUUGAUAUCAGGUUAAUUACAAGUAUCAGUAGGUGGAAUAAAUUGAGCCAAUUCAUCGAUGAGGUUUUUGAUGAAGAUCCAGAAUCAGGAUUGAUGGUUAAGCAAUGGUUCAUAACAUCAACAUUCGCCUACCAAAUCCGCAUAUCGAGCUAUACAUUCGUUUCUGACCUUAGCCAUAGUUUCGACAAAUUGGUGAAAAUUGUCGAAAUGGUUUUCAAGAACGACGAACUGAAGAACGUGAAACGUUUUUUUUCUGACGAAUUUCGCUCAUUAUUCUCAAGUUCUUUCCGCGGCUAUGUGAAAUUGGAUGAUGACGAUGAUGUUUUUCUUCUAAAAUUUGUGCGUUGGUGUUCGAUUCACGAUGGGAAACCAAUUUUACAACCUACUUGAUCGUGUAUCGUCCAAUGUUACCAGUAACUUUGGCGAGAUUUUCCAUUGCAAUUAUCUAAGUACCUGGGUAGUUCUACCAAUUUUACACUUUUUGCGUCCAUGUAAAAUUUCACUUACAGUAUGCACAUGAAAAGUAAUGGUGAAUGGUUUUGUCAAUAAAAGUUGUCCCCAUAUAACAUUUUCAGGCACUACAUUGAAUUCAACCCCCUCCCCCUGGGCCACAGAUCCCCUUAUAUGAUCAAAAGUUCCAUCGUCAUGGCUGUCUCACAUCUCGUUUUUAGAUAGUUACAUAGCUGGUUAGCAAAGAGUGGUGAUGUUCUGCAAUUUUGACAUUCGUUUUUUUAUUCCUGAAAACUACACGCAAAUUAUUACAGUAUGAACACAAUUCACUUCAGUGACACCUAUAUGCCGUGGAGUGACCUCAAACCUCUGUCUUCGAGUUUUUGUUCCCUCGGCGUGGUUAAUUUUUAAUGCAUUCCCAACGGCUCACUAUUUACAAAUUUUGGUGUUUGAAAAUGGAAAAACUGUUUAGGCAGUUCACCAAAUCUUGUCUACUGAUAAAAUUCUGAAUCCGAACAUCGCUAUGCAAUAUAUAAACGUGUUUCCAUGAAAAUAUGGUUAUUUAUUUUUUGCCGCUUCUUUCGUCAUGGUUUCUCAGCUCCGCCAUACACAAACAGAGAAAAACUGAGAAAUGUUGAAAAAUUAUUAUGUG